AUGGAACAUGUCGAAAAAAUAUAUAUUAAGAAUACGUCGGAUUUAGGAAAUGAAUUUUUUUAUUUUUACAAUUGGAUUAAAGAAAAAUUUAACAUUUCACUUAUAAUUAAUGAAAGUAAUAGUUUACGCCAUAAUAUAGUACUUGAAUUAUCAGAAGGGAAUAACAUAUCUUUAAAUGAGCUUAAUUCAUGUGAAGUUAUAUUUCAUAUAAUUAGGAAUAGUCAUAAUAAGAAAGAUAAUUGGGGUAACGAAUUUGAAAACGAACAAGAUGUUGAAGAAAAUCCUUUUAAAAUUGUUCAAAUAGAAGAAUUAAAACAGUUUUUAAAAAACAUUUUAUUACAAAAGAAAAAAUUAGAAAAUGAUUUUUUUGAAAAAAUUGAAAACGAAAUGAUCAAGAAAAAUAAUAAUAUUUUCGCGAAGGACAAAUUAAGAUAUGUUGAUUUUUUGUUAUUUUGUAUUUUAAAAAAAAAUAAAAUAGAAAAAAUAAAUCCUAAAUAUGAAAACUUAAAUAAUUGGUUUUUAAAAAAUAACAUUUCGAUAAAAGAAGAAUCUAUGAGCUCGUUUACUAACACAAAUUUUAUUCAUCAAAUAAUUGAAGAUGAUUUAAAAAAAAAAAAACAUUCAUUUGUUAUAACUCGUUUCCCACCUGAACCCAAUGGUUAUUUACAUCUAGGACAUGCAAAAAGUAUAUGUUUAAAUUUUGGAUUAUCUCAAAAAUAUGGAGGUAAAACACAUCUACGAUUUGAUGAUACAAACCCAGUUACUGAAGAUAUAAGAUAUAUAAAUUCAAUACAAGAAGAUGUUAAAUGGUUAGGUUUUAAUUGGAAUGAACAUUUAUAUUAUGCAUCUGAUUAUUUUGAUCAAUUAUAUGAAUGGGCUCUACAACUCAUAAAACAAGGAGAUGCAUAUGUUGAUGAUCAAAGUAUUGAAGAAAUCCGAAAAAAUAGAGGAAGUUUAAAAGAGCCUGGAAUUAAUUCACCAUAUAGAAAUAGAUCUAUUGAAGAAAAUUUAAUUCUUUUUGAAAAUAUGAAAUUAGGAAAAUAUAAAGAUGGAGAAAAAGUUUUAAGAGCAAAAAUUGAUAUGUCUUCUGGAAAUAUAAAUUUAAGAGAUCCAGUAUUGUAUAGAAUUAUGAAUAAAAUACAUCCUAAAACAAAAAAUAAAUGGGUUAUAUAUCCUAUGUAUGAUUUUGCACAUGGUCAAUCUGAUUCCAUAGAAAAAAUUACACAUUCUAUAUGUACACUAGAAUUUGAAACACAUAGACCAUUAUAUGAAUGGUUCCAAGAAAAAUUAGGAAUUUUCAAAACAAGACAAAUUGAAUUUGCUAGGUUAAAUGUAUCAUAUAUGGUAAUGAGUAAAAGAAAAUUAUUAACUUUGGUAAAUGAAAAGUGGGUAAAUGAUUGGGACGAUCCACGUAUGCCCACAAUUUCUGGGAUGCGAAGAAGGGGGUAUAGUCCAGAUGCAAUUAAAGAUUUUUGUAAUAAAGUUGGAGUAGCAAAAAGAGAAAAUAUGAUAUCAUAUGAACUCUUAGAAUUAUGUGCUAGGGAAGACAUGAAUAAAAAAGCUAUAAGAUUGUUUUGUGUUUUAAAACCUUUAAAAGUUGUAAUUACAAACUUUGAUGAUAAUUUAUAUAAUAAUACUAAUUAUUAUGAAUUAACUGCACUAAACCAUCCAAAAAAUGAACAAAUGGGAACGAGAAAAAUAAAAUUUGAAAAAGAAAUAUAUAUUGAUCAUGAUGAUUUUCAAGAAAAUCCUGCAUCUAAUUUUUAUAGAUUAGCUCCAAAUAGGACUGUGAGACUUAGAUAUGGAUUUUGUAUAAAAUGUAAUGAAGUUAUAAAAGAUGAAUCAAGUGGUAAAAUAAUAGAACUUAGAUGCACAUAUGAUCCCGACAGUAAAAGUGGUAAUCCAUCAACAUCUAACACUACAGAAACUGGAGAAAAUGUAAAAAAAGUAAAAGCAACAAUACAUUGGGUUUCUGCAAAAAAUUCACAUGAAGCUGAAUUUAGAAUGUAUGAUAAAUUAUUUUUAAAAGCUAAUCCAGAAUCAAAUGAUGAUACAUAUAAUGUUGAAAAAAUUAUGAAAAAAUUUACUACUGAAUUAGAAAAUAAUCCUAAUAAUAAUGACGGAAUUACAAUGGAAAAUGAUUUGGAUAAAACAUAUGAAAACGAAUAUUAUUUAGAUACAGAAAACAAAAAUGAUGAUCAAGAAAAAUUGAAAACUGAUAACGAUAAUAAAUCAGGAUGGAGAAAAUAUAUUAAUAAAAAUUCAUUAGUAGUGCAUCAUGGUCUUGUUGAAAAUUAUUCUAAAAAUUGUAAUGUUGGGUGCCCAAUACAAUUUGAAAGAAUUGGAUUUUUUGUUAAAGAUAAAGAUUCGACAGAUGAUGCACCUAUCUUUAAUCUAACUGUUGAACUCGUUGAAAAUGCAUCUAUAAAAAAAAACAAAAAAGAAGAUUUCAUACAAAAAGAAAUGGAUAAACUCAAACGCGAGCAAAUUGCUAACAUGCGAAAAAUGAAAAAGGAACAAAAACGACUUAAAGACCAAGUAAAGUUAGAGGUUGCAUAA